GCGUAGUGUGUGUCCGGAAGAGAGCGGGAGUAGCAGCAGUGAUCAGUCUGUCUCCAGUUAGCUGAAUAACAAAGUCCUGAGGAAACACAGCGGCCUCCCAAGGAACAGCCUGCCUGUCUGCCUCAUUUCAGAGUGGGUUAUUGAAGCCGAAGCCUGGUGCUUCAGUCCGGGAAGACUGCAGAGAGUCCUCCCCUGUAUUCCUCCACUACGGUCUGGGAGCAGCAUCUAUCUCCACUGUUGCUGUAACCAUGUUAAUGUCCCUCUGUGGGACCAAUAAAGGACUUCUGAUUCUGCGGACAGACAGAAGAGAGGGGGGAGGGGCGGGUUGGAAUGCGGCCUUCUUCUUUUCCCGGAUUUGAAGAGUCCUCUUCCUCGCAGCCCACCGUAUCCCAGGAUGCAAUGCGCGCCGGUGACGAGGAAACAAAGAAAAUGUCGGUUCGGUCUCAGAGAGAAAGCAGCACGUCAGGAGUAACUGAUCAAUGACAAUUCUGGAGAACUGGAUCUGCUGAGGAAGGAGCUGCCAUCCACAUAGGACCCCCCGUGGUGCUGGAGAAAUCUAAACAGCAUCAGGGACAUCAUCCUCCCAAACCUCUGCUUCCUGCCGUCCAGCUGAACAGCAGCUCAGGAAGCUUCAGAGAGAAACAGUGUGUUUAACAGAGACUGAAGCACACUGAGAAACGGUGUGUUUAACAGAGACUGAAGCACACGGAGAAACGGUGUGUUUAACAGAGACUGAAGCACACGGAGAAACGGUGUGUUUAACAGAGACUGAAGCACACGGAGAAACGGUGUGUUUAACAGGAAGUGGUGAUUUAGUAAACAUGAGUGUUGUGCUGCUCUCGUUGGUGAAGCAGCGACUCACUGCGGCUGCUGAAGACAUCUUUGUUCUGUUUGAAAGAACGAUAGCAGAGUACGAGGAGGAACUGUCUCGCUCAAAACAGGAGAACGAGAGACACCGGAAACUACUGGACGCUGUUUUACAGCCUCAGCUUCAGAUCCACAGAGCAGACGUCCAGCAGCUGGUGGUGGUUAAAGAAGAGGUUCCCCCUGAGCAGCAGGAGUGGAGCUCCAGUCUGGACCAGGAGGACCCAGAGCCCUCCCCACACAUUAAAGAGGAACAGGAGGAACUCUGGAGCAGUCAGGAGGGAGAGCAGCUUCAAGGGCUGGAGGAGGCUGAUAUCACCAAGUCCACAUUCACUCCUGUCCCUGUGAAGAGUGAAGAUGAUGAAGAGAAACCUCAGUCCUCUCAGCUUCAUCAAAGACAAACUGAACACCUGGAAACAGAAGCUGAUGGAGAGGACUGUGGAGGACCAGAACCAGCCAGGAACUCAGAUCCAGAGAGACAUUUACAACCAGAGACUGAGGACAACCCUGGAGACUCUUCUGAAGACACUGAAGACAGUACUGAUUGGAAGGAGACCAGAGAACCAGGAUCAAACUCUCAAAAAAAUAAAGAAGACCCUGUCAGUGAUUCAAGAUGUAGUGCAGGAGAGAAACGAUUCAGCUGCUCAGUCUGUGAGAUCUUUUUUGCACGGAGAGGACAUUUAAAUCGGCACAUGGCAAUACACACAGGAGAGAAACCAUUCAGCUGCUCAGUCUGUGAGAAAACAUUUGCACGGAAAGGAUCUUUACAUCGACACAUGAGAAACCACACAGGAGAGAAACCAUUCAGCUGCUCAGUCUGUGAGAAAACAUUUGCACGGAAAGGAACUUUACAUCGACACAUGAGAAUACACACAGGAAAGAAACCAUUCAGCUGCUCAGUCUGUGAGAAAUCUUUUGCACAGAAAGGAUCUUUACAUCGACACAUGAGAAUACACACAGGAAAGAAACCAUUCAGCUGCUCAGUCUGUGACAAUUCUUUUAAACAAAUAGGACAAUUAAAUGAACACACGAAAAUCCAUAAAGGAGAGAAACCAUUCAGCUGCUCAGUCUGUGAGAAAUAUUUUGCACGGAGAGGACAUUUAAAUCGGCACAUGGCAAUACACACAGGAGAGAAACCGUUCAGCUGCUCAGUCUGUGAGAAAACAUUUGCACGGAAAGGAUCUUUACAACUACACAUAAGAAACCACACAGGAGAGAAACCAUUCGGCUGCUCAGUCUGUAAGAAAACAUUUGCACGGAAAGGAUCUUUACAACUACACAUAAGAAACCACACAGGAGAGAAACCAUUCGGCUGCUCAGUCUGUAAUAAAUCUUUUACACAUAGGGGAAGUUUAAAGUACCACAUGAGAAACCACACGAGAAACCACACAGGAGAGAAACCAUUCAGCUGCUCAGUCUGUGAGAAAUAUUUUACACUUAGGGGAAGUUUAAAGUGCCACAUGAGAAUACACACAGGAGAGAAACCAUUCACCUGCUCAGUCUGUAAUAAAUCGUUUAUACAUAGGGGAGGUUUAAAGUACCACAUGAGAAACCACACAGGAGAGAAAGCAUUCAGCUGCUCAGUCUGUGAGAAAUAUUUUACACUUAGGGGAAGUUUAAAGUACCACAUGAGAAUCCACACAGGAGAGAAACCAUUCAGCUGCUCAGUUUGUAAAAAAGAUUUUACACAAAAGAGACAUUUAAGGACACAUAGAAGAAUCCACACAGGAGAGAAACCAUACAGAUGCAGUGUCUGUGACAAAAGAUUCACCUGGAGUUGUCAGGUCAAAAUCCAUAAGUGUGUUGGUCGUCAGUCCUCACAGCUUCAUCAAACUCAGACUGAGGAGAACAGAGAGGCAGAGCCUCCAGCCAGCAGCUCAGCUGAACACAUGGAAACAGAAGCUGAUGGAGAGGACUGUGGGGGACCAGAACCAGCCAGGAACUCAGAUCCAGAGAGACAUUUACAACCAGAGACUGAGGACAACCCUGGAGACUCUUCUGAACCUGACAAGUCAAAUCUGCAUGUGCAACAAAAAAAGAGGACAAUUAAUUAGUACCACGACAAUUCACAUGAGAAAAAUCUGUCUGGCUGUAUAAACUCUGUUUGACAAUAUUCAUACAUGACUUCAUCUAAACUCCAUCUUUAUCAACAGAAGUUUUGAAUACGUUUAAUGUUCAGUUUUCAGAUUUCAGAGCGCAAGAUAGGUUUUGCUUUUGGACAAACUACGUGCGCAUAGCUCUCAUACGUACUGUACGUACGUGGUUUGUCAUGUUUGGCUUUCUGUUAUUUUGUUCAUGUAUGUCUGUAAGUUGUUGCAUCUGUCGGGACCCCUUUGAAAACGAGAUGGUGCAUCUCAAGGGGUUUAUCCUAAUAAAUAAAUGUCUAUAUAAAAGAAAAAUGCCUUCGAAACAGACUCACAUUCCUGCAUAUUGUUUGUGUUUACAGAUUACAAUCAGCUCAUUUGGAGUUCAGAGUUAAAAUGGAAUUUUAGGAUUAUUCCUGCUUUUUGAAACUGUAGU